AUGGAGAGACUACCUACAGAGAUCCUCGUUGAUAUCCUCGACUACCUCGACGCCGAAGAACUUGUAUCAGUCCAAAGGACAUGCUCGUCUCUGUCUCAUGCGGCACGUUCCAAUCCUCUAUGGAGAUACAAAUGCUUCGAGAAAUCGCCCAGCGCCUCGAUGAGGCAGACCAGUAGUAUCUUGAAUACCCUGACCAAUGCGCUCCAAGGCCUGACUCUCUCAGAACGCCCUGCUCAGCCCCGACACACCGCAGCAAGCAGCCGCAGCUCAGACCGAGUAGCCGAAAGUGCCCGAGCCCGUGCGGUCAAUCGGUGGGAUCUUUCAGCGGAUGGUGAAAUAGUCGACUGGUACUCAGAGUAUAAGGGCAGAUACGCGCCCCUGAGCGCUGACUGGCUAUCCGACGACGCCACAGCGCACACGGAAGUCAAAGGCAUAUCGUUGCUCCCCGGCACCGAUAUAGUGGUCGGAUACCUGGAAGACCAUAGUGUGUGCGUGUGGGAUCUUACUCGGGCGUCGACUGGAAGGAGAAAAUUCCGGGAACUGGGACGAAGCAGAUUACCGCCAUCUACGCUACCCGACGGCCCUCGACAUACGGGCGAGAACUUGGUCGUUGACUGCGUGAGCAGUUUUGCGUCGCCGCAGAAAGCUUAUGUGGCCGUUGGCAACGUUGUGGAGGAGAUCGACCUCAACACUCUCACAUUGCUGUCACAUUCGAGUUACCCAUACCCAAUAACGGCUUUGUCGCAACCGGGGCCGCUGGAUCUUCCGCUAACGGUAGGCACUCAAUGGAGUCUCCAUGUUCUUGAUCCGCGAGUGCCUGUCCGGCACUCCUCUUCAUCUUCUGAAGAACGCAUGGAAGAGAUAUCAGCCCACCCAGGGAGGCUGACGGCCAUGCUUCCAGACAUAGUCGGCAAGUCCUCAUUACUGCUCAGCGACAUACCCGGAGACUCCUCGGUCUUGCCCGCCAUCUUCAGAAGGUCAUCGCCUUUUUCAUCCAACCCUCUCCCUUCAGCACAACUCUCCAGCUCGCCAAGCUGGCUACCACCCCAAAGCCUGCGAAACCCAUCAUGGAAUAGCUUUGCUAAAGUCGAGCCCGGUCCGCUCAAUAUCCUCCAUCAGGCCGAGAACGAAAUCCUCAUCUGCGGCAGGUUUCCCAGCAUCCUGUCGUACGACCGCCGCUUCUUCCCUCGACUACAGUACGUCAUCCACUCCAGCGCCAGCCUCUCCGCCAUGACAUCCAUCCCCCACCCUCCCGCUGGAUCAUCCCCAACCAUGACCGGCUUAUCCACGCUCGUCGCAUGCGGGGAAUAUCGUGGUCGAGGCUCCCUUGAACUCUACUCCUUACCGCACGUCAAACCAGACCAGCAGCACCAUCCGCCCACUUUCGACUCCUCGGGUUCCACCCCGCCAGAAGACGAUGAUGUCGACAUAGGCAAAUCCCGCUCUCGCAUAUCCACCUCCCCUCCCUCGGACGCCGGCUUGUUCAGCUACAAAAACCGACAAGACGCCGCGAAAUCAAAAAUCCUCUCCGUCGCCGCGCACGGCACGAGGAUCGUCUUCUCCGACUCCGAGGGCGGGUUGAAGUGGGUGGAGCGGGACGGCCACAGCUUGGCACGCAGGUGGAACAUCAACGCUUUUGAGAUAGGCAACGCCAACGCGAUGGCCACCUCAGCCUUCACGACAGGCGACCUGGUCGCGCGCAAGAUCAUCCCACUCCCCGAACCAGAUUCCGAGAGAGGCGCAAGAGGUGAUGCCGACCUGCUGAUCUGGACGGGCGAGAAGAUUGGCAUCGUGACUACGAAUCCACAGUUCGGGAACCACGAGGACAUGGUCCAUGAGAUGGAGGGGAAUGCAGAGGAGAAGAGGGAGAAAGAAGAGCAAGAGAGGAAGGAAGAAGAAUACUCAAAGACGAUGCGACAGGCGCUGGAGCGCCAGGCCGACGAACGGCGGUGGAUGAGUCAGUUCAGGCUCAAGACGAGGAAUUGGUGA